AGAGGAGGGAGAUGCUGUGAAGACAAGCAAGGCAUCAGGAAAUCAAAAUAAACACUACAAAACCCAAGAAGGGUCAUACAUCGAUAAAUCUAUACACCACAAUGUUUUUGGGAAGUCCUCUGAGUAGCAAUACCCCCUCUCCUAUCCCAGCCAACAAUGCCUGUGUUAUUACUGAGUCAGACAGUCCUGUCCCUCCUGUUCUGCCUCAGUCUCUACCAUGUUGGGCUACAAAGGCCUGCUCCAACCUUGUCCAGGCAGAGGAAGAGCUGCGUCGUCUCCAAAAGACUCUUUCAACUGAGACACAGUCUGUGAUGAGGGGAGUGGAACGGGCCAUAUUAGGAGCACGUAGAGAAGAGCGACGCCUCAUAGAAAGAGUAGAGCAGGAUCAUAGAGACACCCAGCAGCAACUGGAACAGAUACAGCGAGAGAACAUGGCAGCAAUGAGAGUGAGCCAGUCCCUGUUGAUCCAAAAGUACCGAAAAGUUGCCCAGCUUCAGCAACAGAUUCAAGAGGUGGUUAAACAGUCAGGUUUGGACCAAAUUGGACCCAAACAGAACCUGCUUCUGAAGGAAGUUGCAGAACUCCUCCAGCCCUGGGAAAUCUCUUUUUCUUUAAAUAAAGUGAACUUCAAGCCCAGCUCUCAGCCCAAUGCUGUCACAUUUGGAGAUAUGUGUGUGCAAGAACAAAGCCUUAGCCUGCAUGUUGGAGGAUGUGGGCUGCAAGACCAAAUGUGUCCUCUCCAUUCACAGGAAAUCCAAUAUGGGGACACGAGUUGUCAAGGUGCUGGAGAACAGACAGAUACUGAACAACAGGGAUGGACCUCACCGACAGGUAGGGUGGUCAGAAAGAUGAGCCUCUCAGCAGAGAAUGAACUGCAAUCACAAGAGGGACCAAAGCUCACAUUACCGACGAUGGGUUGCUGCCUUUCCAAGUUUGAGCAGUCUCACUGGAAAUCCUCCCAAGAUGAUGAACUGGAAUCUGCAUGCAUUGACCUACAAGGAGAGGAUAUGUUUCAGGGUGUCUCUGCAGCACAUACAAACAAGGAUACUGAAAGCAAGAAUCAGGCAUGUCAGAUGAACAAUAAUUUCAAACACUACUCCCCCAGUAAUCAGAGGAAACCCCUUCCUGCAGUCUCUGGCCAGAAGUGCUUUCCAUCUGAGGUGCGGAAAAACAAUCAAGAGCCUGUAAAGCUAAGGCACUACUUCAGUUUAGACCUCCAGCGUGGAGGCAGAGGAAAAGUGAACCAUGAUUACAAUGGAAGACAUUUGAAGAACAGCUAUAACACUUUAGUAGCUCCAAGAAUAUCUCACAGAGAACCCUUGACAAGCAAAAGCUGCCUAGACCUUACUUCUGGGGUCCGACCUCACUCUUGCCUCAGCCAGUCCUCUGAUGAACACUCUCUUGGGACCCUUGGUGACUCUGGCCGAGCACCAUCUCCAACAGACAGCCUUGAUUCCAGCUACACUUUCAUUAUAGGCUCAUCUCAUGACUACAGCAUGAACAGAUGCCCUGUGAAUUACAGCUGUCAUCUCUCCAAGUCUGAGGUGGACUUGACACGCAGGCCUUACCCAUUAAUCAUUGAAGGGACAUGUAUAGAUAAUUCCAAUCAGCAGACAAACAGAGGCAGAGGAGAUCCGACCUUGGCAGAAUUGGAGGAUGAGGAUGCAGCCUCAUCAUUAACAGUGUUCUCCUCAAGAGCAGUUCAUUUGAUAAGGCAGUUUGGGAAGCAAGGGUCAGGACGUGCCGACCUUACCCUCCCAAGCGGUAUCUACUCGACACCACCAGGCCACCUUUUUAUAGUGGAUUGUGGCAAUGCUCGUGUUCAGGUGACUGAUUCUCGGGGAAAUGUCCUCCAGCAAGUGACCUCACCAGCUUCUGACAACUCCACCAGACGAUGCCGCAACUACUUUGAUAUAGCUGUCAAUGCCAAGGGCCUGAUUGCACUCAGCUGUGCAGCAGAGCGUGCCUUACUUGUGUUCAGUCGGCAUGGUCGCCUGCUCCAGACCUUUGGAGGAUCAGGGUUGGCUUCUGCAAAAGAUGAAUUUGAAGCUCCUAGGGGUGUGACCGUCACCAAGCAGGAUGAGUUCUUGGUUGCUGAUAUCCGUAAAGGAUCCCUCAUUGCCCUAAAACUUGACCCAAAAACAGGUUCCCGUGUUGAGCGCACAGUGGUGACAGGAUUCCAUCGCCCUUAUUUGGUGGCAACUUGUUUGAGGUCUGGCACAGUUGCUGUGUCAGAAAGGGGCAGUGAAACAGGACGCGUACCUUGCAUCAAGGUUUUGGAGCCGGGCUGGAACACAGUGAGGGUCCUGGGUGUAUGUGCAGGUAUGGGACCAGUCCUGUCCUGCCCCUGGGGCAUCUGUAUAGAUAAAGAUGAAAAUAUUCUGGUUGCAGACUGGGGAGAGCAGCACAGUAUCUUGUUAUAUCCAGCACAGGGAAUGGGCUAUCCAGUAAUUACCCAGGGGCUGAGCAGCCCUCGUGGUCUGACUCUGCUCCCUGAUGGUUACUUAGCUGUAUCUGACAGUAUGCAUCACUGCAUUAAGAUCUAUCAGUACAAAUCAAGCCAGAACUAGAAAUAAUAUUUAUCGAAGCAAGAAGAAUGUAACCAGGUAACAACAAUCUUUUUUCGCUACAUUCACUUUGAAUGUCUCUUCAAAAGGCAAUAAUUCAACCAUAUGAUUGUACUCAGAUCUGUAGACAUCAAAAUUACAGUGCACCACGUCUAAACAAUUUCAAAAAGGAAAAUAGGUCAAUAUAUAUUUUCUAACUGUGUAAAGUGGCUGGGAUGAGGAUCAGCACCUAGAAAUCUGAGGCCAUGGCUCUUAACAGGAAAAUUAUGGUUUGCCUCCUCUGGGUAGGGAAUGGGGUCUUGCCCCAAGUGAAGGAGU